GCAGAAGGAAGCAUCGACGUUGGUUGCCGCCGUGAGCGUCGUGGUGUGCUGUGCAAACAAGGCCAGUGCCGGGGCCAAGAGGGGAGUGGGGCCGCGGCAGUGCGCCCUGCGCCUCGCCGGAAAGCCAAGGAGAGACAAGAAUUUCCACUGAGAGGAAGCAGCAGCCCUCGUCUCCUCCUUGCGCCAACCACCGGCCAUGACCAGCUCCACCCUCGCCGAAGAUGGUCAAGGCGACUCGGCCGCUACCACAAAGCUACUCACUCUGCUCAACGUAUCCGCCACAAAGCCUGGCAAGAGGAAGCGUAGCGGGCCACUCUAUGUCCGCGCACCUCUGGGAGGAAAGAGGAAGGAUGAUGGCACUGCGCCCGGUGCUCCCUCUGCCAACAACUUCGAUCAAGUCAAUGACAAGACCAGAGCUGCCAUGGCACUCGUAGCAAAGGCUGAAGCUGCUCAACUCAAUGGCAGCGCUCCCUCUACCUCUGCCUCUGCCUCAACUUCGUCCUUGUCUGCACCUCUGCGCACACGUCCAGCUGCCUCUUCCUCUCUCAUCGCUACCGCCGCCGAUUCCGAUGACGAGGUGGAAGGAGAAGGCAACGUCCCCACGGGUAGCGGUGAAGGCAGACCGCUUGCCCUCGACGCCUUUAAUGCCCACUUUGCAUCCGAAGGCCAAGGAUCCCAUGCUGCGCUCUUGUCCAAUGUCAAGCCCGAUGCGCUAGAAUGGGAACAGGCGGUGCAGAGCGCCUCUGCAGAGUUGGGCAAGCUCGUCAGGAGCAAGCUCAAAGGGAUUAGCUCGGACCAGAUCUCAGCUGCAGGCAGUCCCCAUGCCAAUGCUGUAGCAAGCUGGCAGCAGUAUCGUGGUGGAUCUCGCAACCCACCUACACCCCUUCAGCAGGAGCUCCUCCCCCUCCUCUCCUCCUACUCGGACGUCUAUCAUUCCAACCUCUCGCUAGCGGCGAAGGUCGAUGCUCGUGAAGCAAUCGUGUGCCAUGCCGUCAGUCAUGUGACCAAGACCAGGCGAAGGAUCUUGAAAAACAACGAGAAGCUGGCCCAUGCUGCUCAGGCUGCUGGACGUGGUAGUGGCACAGCAGGAGCAGAAGACGUGGAAGCGCCGCGCGACCAAGGUUUCACUCGGCCCAAGGUGCUCAUUCUGGCCCCCAUGCGUAAUACUGCGCUAGAAUGGGUACACCUCCUCGAGUCUCUGUCUGGCUGCCCGCAAGUGGAAAACAAAUCAAGACUAUCAAAGGAGUACAACCUCCCCGAAGGAGCCGUGGAUAAAUUGACCCUUCCCGAGGCGUCUCAACGAUACCCUCUCGAUCACCUCGACACCUUCCGCGGCAACAUCGACGACAAUUUCCAACUGGGCGUCAAGCUCACCCGGAAGAGUCUCAAGCUCUUCAGCGCCUUUUACGAAAGCGACUUUAUCGUCGCUAGUCCCCUUGCACUGCGUCUGGCCAUUGAAAAGGAUCGCGAUUCUGAUUUCCUUUCCUCCAUCGAGGUGCUGGUGGUGGAUCAGAUGGACGUGAUGACCAUGCAGAAUUGGGACCACUUGCAAUUCGUCAUGGGCCACCUAAACAAGAUUCCCAGACAGUCCCACGAUACGGACUUCUCGAGGGUGAAACAGUGGUAUCUAGACGGGCAGGCAGCUCACUUGCGCCAAUCCAUUCUACUCUCCUCGUACGACGCGCCAGAAAUGCGCUCUCUUUACUCUCGCCAACUAGUGAACAUCGCAGGCAAAGUACGCACCUUGCAAGACACUUCCGGCGUGUUAGACGAGAUUAGGCAAGGGAUCCGCUCCUCUUUUCUCCGCUUCGACUGCGCCAAUCCUUCUGCAGAACACGAAGUUCGUUUCCAACACUUUACUCAAAAGACUCUACCCAACUUGUUGAAGAGUGCGGUUUCCUCAAGUCGUACACUCAUCUUCAUCCCAUCGUACUUUGACUUUGUACGAUUACAGGAUCACAUGCAAGCGCAACAACUCAGCUUUGUAGCCGUCUCUGAAUAUUCCACUGGGAAAGACAUUGCGCGAGCACGUCAACAAUUUGCUGCUGGCAAGAGGAGUUUCCUUUUAGUAACCGAGAGGUUUCACUUCUAUAGACGAUAUGUGCUCAGAGGAGCACAGACAAUUGUAUGGUAUGCGCUACCGGAACAUGCCAACUUCUUUGGAGAAGUAAUGGCGUUUCCCUUUGCCAAGAGUACAUCCCUUGUCGAGGCACUCAAUGAAGGUACUUCCGCUUCCGCUACAGCCAGCCGUGGCGCUGUAAGCACAAUGAAGAAGCGUAAGGUCUCCAAGGGCAAAAUAGGAGCAGCAGCAGCAGCAGCAGCAGCCGGUGCGGAGAGCGACGAGGAGGAACAGGAAGAGGAGCUAGAGUUAGACCCAGCAGACGUGAGCAUGACGGCCCUCUACUCUCGAUACGAUCUACUACGGCUGCAGAGGAUUGUGGGCAUGGAUUUGGCAAGGAGGAUGGUUGAGGAGGAGAGGGGAAGCUGGAGAUUUACAUGAGGCACAAUAGAGCGAUGCGAUAUGAUGUGGAACGGGGCGGAGAGGAGCGGACGCUACUGUGGUCUAUCUACCCAAAAUUUAUUUCUUAUCACAUCAUCCCAG